GCGGCCCCAAGUCGGCCUGCCUCCGCCACUUUUGGGGUUGCAGGUCCCGGGCGGGCGAUGGGCUCGGCGGGAGCCCGAGGGCGCGCCACGUGGGUGCUGGCCGGGGGCCUCCUGGCCGCCGCCCUGGCGCUGACCGCGGGGCCCGAGGACGGAGGCCGGCUCCCCGCGGGCCCGGGUUCCCCCUGGCGUCCCCUCGGCGCGCAGCCUCCCCCGGAUCCCCGCUUGGCUCCCGGGGCGGGACCUGAGCAGACUGCGCAGGACUUGCCCCAUGGGAUUUGGCCCACUGUGGAAAGCUCUCACUUUACAACUGCAGUGGAACCACCAUUUGGAAUGAAAUUCAAUAAGAAAAGUGAAGUCUUUAACCCACCCCCGAUUUCUGCAGCCUCUAGUGGGCCGUGGAUUCAUUCCAUAUUUGCUUUUAUACCCUCAUGGCCCAAGAAGACCUUGUUUAAAAGAGAGUCUGCUGUAACACACCACCUGUAUGGAGACAUUUCAAGAGAUGUUCAAGGAAUUUCUGAGAAUGGAGUGAUUUUUCAGAAAUGUGCAGUGGUGUCCACACAGAGCGAGUGGCCAGCAGCCCACGUGCAACUGUUUGUGAACAACAGCAGGACGCCCGCGGCCACCAACCUCACCAAUCUGUUCUUACUGGACAACAUCACCGGCCUCACCGUUAGGGAGUCAGCUGGAAACCAGACCUCAAGAGGGUUCCAGGCUUUCAGGAAGAAGUUUCUGCAAGUCGGAGACGCCUUCUCGGUCAGCUACACAGCCUCGCUCGAGGCUGGAGACGUUGGGAGCGGAGAGACCCUGAUGCUUCCUGCCCUGCUCUCCUUCCAGAGUUCAUCACCGAACAGAACGCAGCUAAAAGCCCUUUUCACCAUAACAACAGAAGAAAAGAUAACGGUUCUACCAAACCACGGCCUCCACGCAGCAGGGUUCUUUGUGGCCUUCAUCCUCUCCCUGGUGCUGACCUGGGCUGUGCUUUUCUUCAUGGUUCAGUAUCAGUGUUUGAAGGGAAGCCUGCUUACCAGACAUCAGGUUCGGCAUCACGAGAGCAAGCUGGAGCACUCCCAGUUCACCUCAGCUGAUGGUGUAAAUGAAGAUCUGGCUCUAAAUGACCAAAUGGUGGACAUUCUGUCUUCAGAGGACCCCGGGAGCAUGCUGCAAGCCUUAGAAGAGUUGGAAAUUGCAACCCUGAAUCGGGCCGACUCAGAUCUGGAAGCUUGUCGAACCCAAAUCAGCAAAGAUAUCAUUGCUCUUCUGCUGAAAAAUCUGACCAGUAGUGGCCAGCUCUCCCCUCAGGUAGAGAGGAGGAUGGGUGCUGUUUUCAAAAAGCAGUUUCUGUUGCUGGAGAAAGAAAUACAAGACGAGUAUGAUAGGAAGAUGGUGGCCUUGACAGCUGAGUGUGACCUGGAAACAAGAAAGAAGACAGAAAGCCAGUACCAGAGGGAGAUGGCAGCGAUGGAGGAAGCAGAAGAGGUGCUAAAACGUGUUAGUGAGAGGUCUGCCGUCGAGUGCAGCGGCCUCCUGCGGACCCUGCAUGGCCUGGAGCAGGAGCACCUGAGGAGGUCCCUCGCUCUGCAGCAGGAGGAGGACUUUGCCAAGGCCCACAGGCAGCUGGCCAUCUUCCAGAGGAGUGAACUGCACAAUAUCUUUUUUACCCAGAUAAAAAAUGCUGUUUUCAAAGGGGAACUGAAGCCGGAGGCAGCGAAAAUGCUGCUGCAAGAUUACUCUAAAAUACAGGAGAAUGUAGAAGAGUUAAUGGACUUUUUCCAGGCUCGUAAGAGAUAUCAUCUCAGUAAAAGAUUUGGCCACAGGGAGUACCUGGUCCAGAAUAUGCAGGCAUCAGAGACCCGUGUGCAAGGCCUGCUGAGCACUGCUUCUGCUCAGCUGACCCUCCUUAUCCAGAAACACGAGAGAGCAGGCUACUUGGAUGAAGAUCAGAUGCAGGUGCUCUUGGAACGGGCUCAGACAGAAGUCUUUUCUAUAAAACAGAAGUUGGACAAUGACUUAAAGCAGGAAAAGAAAAAGCUCCACCAAAAAUUAAUAACUAAGAGAAGACGAGAGAUGCUGCAAAAGUACAAGGAGCAGCGGAGGGGGCAGCUGUCCAUCGCUGAAGCCUUCGGGGCGGCCGAGGAUGCCAGCCAGUACCUGGGCCAGUGGCGGAGCCUGGUGGCUGAGCAGAAUGCCGCCCUGGAGGAGCUGCAGGAGCACCUGGACCAGACUGCCCUGGACGAGCUCAGGGCCCUGACCCUCUCGCUGUCUGAGAAAGCCACGGAGGAGCUGAGGCGGCUGCAGAACUCGGUGAUGACCCAGGAGCUGCUCAAGCGUGGGGUCCCCUGGCUCUUCCUGCAGCAGAUCCUAGAGGAGCACAGCAGGGACCUGGCGGCCCGGGCUGAGCGGCUCGAGGGCGAGGAGAGGGACAGGGGCCAGGUGGGCGUCCAGAGCGUGAGGCAGAGACUGAAGGACGACGCUCUGGAGGCCUCCACAGAGGAGCAGGCGGAGCUGAGACACUGGGAGCGCUUGAUCUUCACGAAGCUCUGCUCCUCCGCCUUCUCCCUGUCCGAAGAGGAGCUGUUCGGAAUGAGGCAGGAAGUUCACGGCUGCUUCGCUCAGAUGGACAGGAGCUUGGCCCUCCCCAAAAUCCGGGCCCGAGUCCUGCUGCAGCAAUUUCAGGCUGCGUGGCGAGAAGCAGAGUUCCUGAAAUUGGACCAGGUGCUGGCCGCGCCUGAGCUGCAGCCACAGUCCAAGGCGAGGAAGCCGCGCUCCAAGAGCAAAAGCAAGACAGACCUUUUGAAGAAGUGCACUGAAGAUAAAAUCCAGCUCUUUGAGGAACAGGGCCCCGAAGACCUGGUUGAAAAGGUCCGAGGAGAGUUGCUUCGGGAGAGAGUGCAGCAGCUGGAGGCCCAGGAGGGACACUUUGCUGAGUCCCUCGUCUCCCUGCAGUUCCAGAAGGCGGCCAGGAUGGCCAAGACCCUGUGGGCAUACACCGCCCUCCUGACCAUCCAGGACCUGCUGCUGGAGGAGCUGAGCGCAUCGGAGACCCUGACCAAGUCAGCCUGCACGCAGAUCCUGGAGUCGCACAGCCCGGAGCUCCAGGAGCUGGAGAGGAAGCUGGAGGACCAGCUGGCACACCAGGAGGCGGCCCGGCUGCAGCGGGCCCUGGAGAGUCGGCAGCAGUGGGCCGGUGAGGGGCCUGGGCUUCUGCACAAGCCAGAGGAGACGGAUUCUGAAAGGCAGGUCUCGGCUGUCCUGCGGCGGGCCCUGAGCAAGGGUCAGGAGUUACUGGAGCAUCACCAGCAGAGUUUGAGAGAGGAACAGGAGAACAGUGUCGUUCUUGAAGAUUUGCUGGAGAAUAUGGAGGCCGAUACCUUUGUGACCCUGUACAGCCAGGAGCUGAGACUCGCAUCGUACCUGUCGAAGCUGACGAUGCUGCCCGGGGGCACAUUGCGUCGGCUCCUGAGCGUGGUUCUGCCCACAGCCUCACAGCCCGAGCUGCUGGCCGUGCUGGACUCCAUGGGCCAGAAGCAUCAAGACCACACGGUGGAGAAUGAUGGCGGCGGGGUGCAGGCCGACCUGGGCAGGAGGGGGAAACAUCAGGGCUGGUGGCAAGCCUUAGAGAGCAAACUUCGAGGAGAACUGAUAAGCAGAGGAUUAGAAAAGAUGCUGUGGGCUCACAAGAGGAAGGAGAGCAUAUUGAAGAAGACGUGUCUCCCUCUCAGAGAGAGGAUGAUAUUCUCUGGAAAAGGAAGUUGGCCACACCUGUCACUGGAGUCCAUUGGGGAACUGGCCCCGGUGCCCAUUGUAGGGGCAGAAACCAUUGAUUUAUUAAACACGGGCGAAAAGCUCUUUAUCUUCAGAAAUCCAAAGGAGCCGGAGUUCUCACUGCAUGUUCCUCCCAGGAAAAAGAAAAAGAACUUUCUGAAUGCCAAAAAAGCCACUUGGGCCUUGGGCAUGAACUAGCCCAAAGGAAAACUUCAAGGAGUCUGAAGACAGAAAGAUUUGUUUUCUCCUGCCCACGUGUGUGUGUGUGUGUGUGUGUGUGUGUGUUUAUAGCAUACAACUUGCAGGAUUCAGUUGCACACGAAGAAGACAGAUACAUCCCCCAAACUCCCCCUCCCCCACCAUGACUUUCAAGGACUCAGUUUAAUCUGGUCCCAUGAAUUCCCAGAUGGCCCAGUCCCUUCAGCAUCACAAGGGACAUGAAGAGACGGGGGACCAGCCCGUGAACCCUGGUUGCUUUCAGUCCCACCUCACCGAGGGUCUGGAGGAGCCCCGGGCCCCUAAUUCACAUCCCCAAAACACAUGGCUGAAGUGUGGGCUGUGUGUUGAAGGCAAGGCUCUCUGUUCUCACAUUGUGUUUGUUGCAUAUUCUAUUUUUAUCAAGCGAACUUUUGAAAAUAAAUGCAUU